AUGAAAAAUGUGGACCCGAACCCUGGUCAUGGCUACUUGAAGUUGCCCAAUCUUCCUCGUCAUGAAGGCUUAGGCAUUGAGUUUGCAACAAAUAAAGAGGCGUGUAAAAAUUUCACAAACGUCUUGUGGCCAAAAGGAAAUGAUCGUGAAAUCGCUCAUACAUUCGCAAACAUUGUAGCGGAAUUGCAGCAAUUGGUGAUGAGAAUGUUGUUUGAAAGCUAUGGCAUUGAUGAGAAGCAUUACGAGUCUCAAAGGAGAUCAACUACAUAUCUUCUUCGUUUCUUGAAUUACAGAAAAUGUCAUAAAACAGAAAAGAAUACUGCUGCUUUAAGUGGUCAUACAGAUAAGACCUUGGUGUUGAUUCUUUAUUCAGAUGAAGUUAAGGGUUUGGAGUUAAGAACAAAGGAUGGAGAGUGGAUGCAUUUUCAGCCCUCGCCUUCAUCUAAUUUGGUCAUCGCCGGUGAUGUAGGCAUGGCUCCUAAAGAGCUAGUUGAUGAUGAAUAUCCAUUAAAAUACAAGCCAUUUGAUCAUCAAGGAUUACUUCAGUUCUUUCAAUCAAGCAAUGUCCCAAAUAAAAGGGACAGCGACUGCAUAAAAGCCUACUGCUGCGUUUAA